CGGGCGGACAAAGACUUAUUGGACAUGUAGAGAAAUCAAUGGAAAAGAGAACUGGCGGCGAGCCUUUGAUAAGUGUUGGAGAAGUGGACGAGUUGUCCCAUGGCUAUAAUUAUAGAGCGGAGUCUAAGUGUAUGUUUAAAAUGUAUACCCAACAACUAUAGUGUCACAAGUUUACCUUAGCUGUUAAGUUUGUAUAUUAGUGUAAUAGGUCGACAGUGGCCAGUUUGUUGGGUUGGCACUUUGGCGUGAGGACAUGUGUAGUAAGUCGUUAACAGAGCUAGAUGAGACAAGGAGCCCCAGGGUGAUCGUAUAGAAACAACUGUAUAUUAUAUUCAUGGAAUACUAACUAAGGCAGAGGAAUAUCACCUACAUAUACCAUUUAGUUGAGAUAGCAUCAAAUGCUUUUCGAAUAUAGAAUAUUUUGUGACGUCUAAAAUUUAAAGUGAAUGGCCGCAUUACCCAUCUCUUUCGUUUGUUGGUGGAUUGUGUAAGACCCUACAUAGCUAUAUGAUACUAGCUACAUACAGGUACACAUAGCUUUUACGGGUUACAUAUGAAUUAAACAACACCACAUCAAUGGAUAUUAACGCUUCGAAAUUGAUGAGUUUCCAAGAGCACAACCUCCAGGACAACUGACAAGGCAUCCGUUGAGGAUAGUCUGACUUGUACCAUAGCAUGCAUUGGGUGAAGAUAAUAUGACAGUGUUACCGUAGAGGGCAUCUCAUGAAGAUCAUCUUACUGUAGUACCAUGACGCAUAUGCAAAAGAAAGUGGUGGAGUUUAUCUCCAAAAAGCCCUCGGACAGGAAGGAUAUCAUUAUACAGAUAUUUCUACCCUGGCUUAGGAAGAAGAGCCUGCUCCUACAGGAUUUAGAUAAAGCUAUCCUAACUGACGUCAUGAGGAACUGUGCGUACCAGAAGGCGAACCGUGACGACCUGAUCAUCACCCAAGGGGAGCUGGGCGACAGCUUUUACAUCAUGUUGACGGGGAAAACGUCAGUUUAUAUCACUCCCAUCAAAGUUGACGACGAGCAACAAUCAGCAACACCCGACAUGCAGAAAAAGGGAAAAGACGACGAAAAGACAGAUGACAACGAUGACAGUUCACAAGAAGAGGAAGAGAAUACAGAUGAAAAGAAGCCCUUAGAUCGAUCGAAAUUUGGAAAAUUCAUCAUGCACUAUGAGGGCAGUAACAGUUUCGGAGAGGUGGCCUUGAUGAGUGAGGACUCUGUGAGAAACGCCACCAUUAUAGCAGACGAGGAAACCGAUCUACUGGUUAUUAGCCGAGAACUCUUCAACCGAUCAGUCAAGGCAAAACAAGAAAAAGAAUAUGAAGAAAAGAAGGAUUUCAUCAACGAGAGUCCGUUCUUUCAUAAUUGGUCUCCAAAGUUCAAACGUCUUUUAGAAAUGAGUAUAAGGAAAGAGCAUUAUCCAUUUGGCAGUACCAUUGUUAGACAAGGGGAUUCGGCCUGCGGACUGGUGUUCCUGCUGAGUGGUCAAGCAAAGGUUACCGUGAAUCCGUCCCACCACAACGGCCAGUUCCCAUUGUUGACGAAACAAGAAAUAAAUCCAAUCGCCAAGGAAAUAGGAAGAAAUUCAUAUAACAAAAUCGUAAAGAAACUAGAUCGGAACUUCACUCAGCAUCACAUACAGAUACGCCGGAAGGAGGGGUACGCGGCGGCCGAGAAGAGGGUGAUGAGCCGUACGGUGGAGCUGUGUUGUAUCGAAUCUAAUGACGUCAUAGGCGACAUUGAGAUGGUGAUGGAGCUAGAGAGGAGCACCUGUACGGUCAACUGUACCGAGAACACGACAGUGAUGGUACUAGACACAAAGAACUACGACAGGUUGAUAGCCAAGAAAAACAUACACACCAUCCGUAAACUGUGUAAGACCGCCCUACAGAAGGUUAUGUGUAGAGCCAGCUCAGGAAAGGGAUCUCAAGUACCACUGUUAGAUAUACUCCAGAAAAAGUUACAGGAAAAAUUACCGUCUAAGGACGAGAACAAUUGUAAAGCUAAAAUAGAUCGAUCCAAAUCAGUGGCCAUGGAACAGCUGAUUCAGUUCUUCCUAAAGGACAAAGCGCCCCUCAUUGAACCGUGCGUGCCAAAUUCCUUGUACUAUCGGAUAAAAUCCGAAAAACGUGCAAAAAUGAUAGAGAUAAAUGAAAUGAAACUGAAGGGACAUGUCAGUAAGGUGGAAAAUAGACUGUAUGAUUAUCGACCUCGUAGAAAGGUGCCGCGAAGUAUGAAACAGCUGAAAAGUAUGAGAGCGGAGAACGAUCUUCUCCGGACUACGCAAUCGGCGUGGGAUUACCCACAAGUAUCCCAUACCAGCUUGCGGCCCCGUACAGCACUCGGUAUACAUAGAGAAUUUAGUCAGUCGCCCACCUCUAGACCACAUACAGCCGGGAUAUUCCACCUUACCGAGUGUAACAAUGCAGAAGAGGAAGCCGUGGGGUCACCAACAAGGGAUGAACCAAACGGUGUCGUGUCGGAUGUGCUGGAACAGAUAGAUCUGGUACAGAAGGAGAAAACGGAAGCACGGUCUAAAGUGAUUUGUUCUGCUAUGGCCGUCAGCGAAAUUAAUAAAACGAGCAUGAGAAAUGGGGGCAGUUCAACAAGUGCUUUGACAGCCAUGGAACCCUUCGACGAGGAUUAUUUUGACUGGGAAACGAGCGAAAGAAAUCUUUGUAAUCUCGAAGACCGGAUCAAACACUUCUGCUCCGACGGAGAGAACAAACCAGUCAAGGUUGCACCACAAGUUGCUCCUCUGAGGAGGUUCAGCAUCCGCGACGAGAAAGAGGACGAUUCUUCAUUUGAUGUCAAGGUUCCUAAACCGGGAGGAACAGUGUUCAUCAAGUCAAAGCCAUGUCAUCUCCCUCCAAACGCAAAUAUUCACCCUGACGGACACCAACACGUUCGGCGGUUCGUUGUAACACGUGACGAGGCAUACGACUUUUCUUCAAUGUUGUCAAGGCGACCAAAAUCUGCACGUCCUACCCGUACCAUCAUUACCCCAACUUUCAGCAGCAGACGACCGAAAACUGCUACUGGCGGGAGGACAUCUUAUAGUCGAACGGGGUCCCUUGUACAGAUGAUUGCUUCGUAAAUAGAACAAGAACAGUGUGUCACGGAUAGGGCACAUCGACUGUAUCGGCCCACCGUUGAUCAUCGUGUACUGUCUGAAUACUUCAGAUAACGCUGGUUUUGCAAUAACUCUGCAUCACAUAGACCCAUUUUUAUUGUACAAACCUAAUUCUUGGGAUUUAACUAUGUAAAAGGAGAACAGUGAUCAGUCGUGUUUAAUACUGUAAAGGGAGACCAGUCGUGUUUAAUAAUGUAAAGGAAGACCAGUCGUGUUUAAUACUGUAAAGGGCGAUCAGUCCUAUUCAAUACUGUAAAGGAAGAUCAGUCGUGUUUAAUACUGUAAAGGGAGAUCAGUCGUGUUAAAUACUCUAAAGGGCGAUCAGUCGUGUUUAAUACUGUAAAGGGAGACCAGUAUUGUUCAAUACUGUAAAGGAAGACCAGUCGUGUUUAAUACUGUAAAGGGCGACCAGUCGUGUUUAAUACUGUAAAGGGAGACCAAUCGUGUUUAAUACUGUAAAGGAAGACCAGUCGUGUUUAAUACUGUAAAGGGCGAUCAGUCCUAUUCAAUACUGUAAAGGAGGAUCAGUCGUGUUUAAUACUGUAAAGGGAGAUCAUUCGUGUUAAAUACUCUAAAGGGCGAUCAGUCGUGUUUAAUACUGUAAAGGGAGACCAGUCGUGUUUAAUACUGUAAAGGGAGACCAGUCGUGUUUAAUAACGUAAAGAGAGAUAAGCCGUGUUUAAUAAUGUAAAGUGAGACCAGUCGUGUUUAAUACUGUAAAGUGACACCAGUCGUGUUUAAUAAUGUAAAGGGAGAUAAGUCGUGUUUAAUAAUGUAAAGGGAGACCAGUCGUGUUUAAUACUGUAAAGGGAGACCAGUCGUAGUUAAUAAUGUAAAGGAAGACCAGUCGUGUUUAAUAUAUAAAGGGAGACCAGUUGUGUUUAAUACUGUAAAGGGAGACCAGUCGUGUUUGAUACUGUAAAGGGAGACCAGUUGUGUUUAAUACUGUAAAGUGACACCAGUCGUGUUUAAUAAUGUUAAGGGGAUCAGUCGUGUUUAAUACUGUAAAGGGAGACCAGUCGUGUUUAAAAGUGUAAAGGGACACCAUUCGUGUUAAAUACUGUAAAGGAAGAUAAGUCGUGUUUAAUACUGUAAAGGUACACCAGUCGUGUUUAAUAAUGUAAAGAGAGACCAGUCGUGUUUAAUAGUGUAAAGGGACACCAGUCGUGUUUAAUAAUGUAAAGGGAGACCAGUCGUGUUUAAUAAUGUAAAGGGAGAUAAGUCGUGUUUAAUAAUGUAAAGGGAGACCAGUUGUGUUUAAUACUGUAAAGGGAGACCAGUCGUAUUUAAUAAUGUAAAGGAAGACCAGUCGUGUUUAAUAAUGUAAAGGGAGACCAGUUGUGUUAAAUACUGUUAAGGAAGAUAAGUCGUGUUUAAUACUGUAAAGGGACACCAGUCGUGUUAAAUACUGUAAAGGAAGAUAAGUCGUGUUUAAUACUGUAAAGCGACACCAGUCGUGUUAAAUACUGUAAAGUGACACAAGUCGUGUUUAAUACUGUAAAGGGAGACCAGUCGUGUUUAAUACUGUAAAGUGACACCAGUCGUGUUUAAUACUGUAAAGGGAGAUAAGUCGUGUUUAAUAAUGUUCUCGCUUUUGUUUAUUCCACAAUUGACUACUAAAUUCUAAACAUUAUGUACUGCUUCGUGUUCUAUUUUGAACCUAUAA